AUGUAAAAGAAAACUAGAGGGAAUAUGAAGUUAAAUCAAACCAAUAGGGCUAAUUCAAAUAAAUUAAAUAGACAAUAACCAAAGGAAAAUUAAAUAGGGUUUAAAGUUACCUAUUAAUUAGAUUUCUUUGACAAGAUUCACAAAAAUAAUUACUUGAUUUUGUUAAAAUGUGAAAAUGUAAUUUUUGAUUUUUGA